CUGUUUUGUACUCGUCAGGUUUUUUGUGGGUGGAGUUGCCACAUUCCUCUGGAGGUGGUGGUCCGGUGUGUGGUCCAGCCGGGGUUGGUUGCCCAGGUUGUGAUGAGUCGCGUUGGAUGAACUUCUAAGAAAAAUUAUUUAUUGUUUUGUUUUUUUUAAUUUUUAUCCCGGAGCGGUAUUUAUUUUUAUUUAUUUUGAAAGCCGACGGUUGGUUUUCGUGAAUCCGGCGGGAAACAAUACUUAAGUGGUGUAGCUGGGCCCCCAUGUAGCUAGAAUGUGUGGAGGUGGUGUCGGUUGUUGAUUUUUCGAGGACAUUUGGAAAUACAGGUCGGAUGAAGUGGUAACUAGAGGAGUUGUAUUGUUGAGUAAGAGGGAGGAUAAGUUGGCCGAGGUCGGGCAGAUUCACAAGCUGCUUUAAGCAGCGGACUUGAAAAAUAUAUCUACUCGUCUUGUUUUGCUCGUGUGUGGUGCGUUGCUGUAGUGCAAUUGCAUUACAAUGCCGGAUAGAUGGGUCCUACUUUCCUGUCUCUAUGUUUGUGAAACUAAUUAAGGGUUGAGCGUUUACUUUACUGGACGAUUGAUAAUAAGCAACCUAAUUUUUUAUAUUAAGGUCCUGAUCAAAUAGUCUCACACACGUUAGUUGUACUGAAUUAACUCAAGAGAGAUCUUAGGUAGGCUGUUGGUAUGGUUUCAUUAGAGCAUUUCGAGUUAUCUUAAGUUUAGUUGUAUUCCUGAUUAUGUCCUAAGUUUCUAGCGCUGAUCCUAGGUUUUCAACUGGUUUGUGCAAGUGUGUGUGUGUUUUUUUGUUUAUGUAUUUGAAGUGGUAAUGCGUUUUCGAGGGAAUAUUUUGCCUUUCAUGUCAUUGUAGACGUCCACAGUUGAGCUGUCAUUUGAGCCCUUCAUAGCAUUUGCAAAGUGGUGUGCUAUUAUUAUGUGAGGUGAAGUUUAUUACACACUCUUUUCAUUAGCAUUUUUUAAAAUUUAUUUUUGUUUUUACUUUUUGUGGAAAUGCUUGUUUCUGCAGUUGCAAGGAGACCGCAGCAGUACCUCUUUCACUCUCAGAUUACAGUAUGGGUCUUGGCCGACUUCCUUGGCCUCGUUUUAAUUCAUUUUCAUAACGCUUGGCGUAUUCUUAUCCCUGAACAUUGAAGGAGUUUGUCACUCUGAAGCACCAGGGUUUGCUAACUUUAUGCUUUUAGAAGCGUAGUAUCCAAAGCGAAUUGAGUCGGCUGUGUGGAGUAUCGUCGAAGUUUACUUAAAGAAUAUAGGGUUACCUUCCUCGGUUAUAUACUUCGGUCUCGGUGUUUUGCAAGGGUUCGCUUUCAACAUUCAGGAGUUCGUAAAUUUUUCCCUAGGAUUCUAGGGUAGAUUUGUAGCUAGACUUAAUUAUCGAUGCUGUUAUCUCACACUGACAACAGCGUUGCAACUAUUGAAGGCGCGCAUCGUGAGUGUCGUGAAUGUAAGGGUUUCUGGUAAUCCGAGUCUCUGUCCCGCCAGAGUUGCUCUAAUCUGAGAAGGGAAGAAAAUUUUCUUCAACAUGACUAAAGAGGACUUUACGGACGAGCCUGUGAACGAAGGCGGCGAUGGAGAUGAGGAGUACAGUCUCGUUACGGAGAGAUUGAGGCAGCGGACAAAUAGAAAACCUGUGUAUGUAGAAGAGGAGGAAGGUAUGGAAGAAGAUGAAUGGGAAGAGGAGGCAGAUGAGGGUGAAGAAGAGGAAGAUGAGGAGAAAGAAGUUCUUAAGAUGGAACAGAGUGAGGACUUCUGCAGUAUUUGCCAUCUGGGAGGAGAUUUGUUGUGUUGUGACACAUGUACAGCUGUGUUUCAUCUUGGGUGUUUGGAUCCGCCUAUGAAAGUUGUGCCACGAGGCAAAUGGAGCUGUCCCAAAUGUGCAGACCCACUUGGUGACGUGGAAAAGUUCAUUGAUACUCAGAUGAGACCAAUGAAAGUUCCCGGCAAACUUCCUGUGAAUGUUGAAGACAAAGGUUCAGAAGAUCAACCACAGAAGCUUGUAAAACAAUACUUGGUUAAGUGGAAGUCUAGAUCUUAUUUGCACUGCUCAUGGGUCACUGCAGAAGACUUAGAGAGGGGUAUGAAGAACUUUGCAGGUCUAAGAAUGAAACUCAACCAUUUUCAUAAGAUGCUCGAUGGAACCAGAAAUUGGAACACACCCGAUGAGGAUCGCAUGCCUAUUAGACCAGAGUGGACUACUGUUGACCGUGUUCUUGAUAUGAGGCAUAAUGGUGAUAUCACGGAAUACUUGGUCAAAUGGAAGGAACUUGGUUACGAUGAGGCCACAUGGGAAGUUGAAGAAGAUGUCUUAGCUUUUCAAGCAGAGAUAGAUAAAUUUAAGGAGAUUAUGAGUCGUCAAGUAUUGAAGAAGCGAAAAGGUUCAGCGCUCGACAGUAAAGAUCUCAAGCGGCGAAGAAAGGACUUCAAACCCUUCAAAAAAACGCCUAAAUUUUUGAUUGGAGGUUCGCUGCAUCCAUAUCAGCUGGAGGGCUUAAACUUUCUGCGGUUUGCAUGGGAGCAAAACAAGCAUGUAAUAUUAGCUGAUGAAAUGGGUUUGGGUAAAACGAUUCAAAGUAUCUCACUUUUGGGAUCUUUAGUGGAGGAGAAUGUGGGUCUGCCCCAUCUGGUCGUAGCACCACUCUCCACUUUACGGAAUUGGGAGCGGGAAUUUGCCACUUGGUGUCCUCAAAUGAAUGUGGUCAUGUACGUUGGAUCCUCUCAAGCGCGGGCCAUUCUUCGCCAGUAUGAGUUCUUUUUUCCUCAAAAGAGUUCAAAGAAAUCGAAGGACAAAGGAAAGAAGAAGAUGGCAGGGGAGAGCAAGCAAGACCGAGUAAAGUUUGACGUGUUGCUGACAUCUUAUGAGAUGAUAAAUCUUGAUACUGCAAUCCUUAAAGCUCUUAAGUGGGAAUGUUUGAUUGUGGAUGAGGGACAUCGUUUGAAAAACAAGGAUUCUAAGCUUUUUCAAACCCUCACAACUUUCUCCACCCGCCACCGAGUCCUCCUCACAGGGACACCCUUACAGAACAACCUGGAUGAACUCUUCAUGCUGAUGCACUUUCUCGAUGCAGGCAAGUUUAAUAGUUUAGAGGAGUUCCAGCAAGAGUUUCAAGACAUUAAUCAGGAGGAGCAAGUUGGGCGGCUGCACAAGAUGUUGGCACCUCACUUACUACGCAGAGUGAAGAAAGAUGUCUUGAAAGAAAUGCCACCUAAGAAGGAACUCAUUCUGCGGGUGGAGCUUAGUAGCCUACAGAAGGAGUUUUACAAAGCAAUAUUGACAAAAAACUAUCAGAUUUUGGCUAAGCAGGGUGGUCCUCAGGUUUCACUUACCAACGUGGUUAUGGAACUACGUAAAUUGUGUGGACACCCUUACCUUUUGGAGGGGGUUGAACCUACUGUGAGAAAUCAGGCUGAAGCGAACAGGCAGUUGUUGGAGAAUUCAGGGAAGCUAUUACUGCUGGAUAAAAUGAUGACAAAAUUACAUGCUCAAGGCCACCGAGUUCUCAUAUAUUCUCAGUUCACGCGCAUGCUUGAUAUUCUGGAAGACUGGCUGCAUUUGAAGAAAUGGGGUUAUGAGCGAAUAGACGGUAAAAUAAGUGGAUCUGAACGCCAAAUCCGAAUCGAUCGGUACAACGCACCUAACUCCACCAAGUUUUGCUUCUUGUUAUCGACUCGAGCUGGAGGCUUGGGUAUUAACUUGGCUACAGCAGACACUGUCAUUAUAUAUGAUAGUGAUUGGAAUCCUCAUGCAGAUCUUCAAGCUAUGGCUCGGGCUCAUCGACUAGGUCAACAAAAUAAGGUGAUGAUUUUUCGUCUUGUUACUCGUGGAACAAUUGAAGAAAGAAUGAUGCAAAUGACAAAGAAAAAAAUGGUCUUAGAGCAUCUGGUUGUAGGCCGCAUGAAAAAAGAAAACAUCAAUCAGGAGGAACUUGAUGACAUUUUGCGGUAUGGUGCAAUGGAGUUGUUUAGUGAAAAGGAUGAAGAUGGAAAAACACGUCAAAUCCACUAUGACGAUGCUGCCAUUGAUAGGCUUUUGGAUCGAGCCCAAGUUAAUGAUGAGGAAGAGAAAGCAGAUGACGAAGAAGACAGUGACUUGUUGAAAGCUUUCAAGGUUGCAAAUUUUGAUUACAUUAAUGACGAGGAUGCAGCAGCGGCCGCUGCUGAGGAGGCUGAGAGGGAGGCCCGUGCCAAGCUGGAGGCUGAAAUGGAGGGGCAAGGGCGGGCACAGUUUUGGGAUAGUUUGUUGAAGGACCGAGUUGUCGAGCAGCAAGUGGAAGAGUUUGAAGAGCUUGGGAAAGGCAAGCGGAGUCGCAGACAGGUGAGACCUGGGUUAUAUUCUCAAGAGGAUGAUCUAGCAGGUAUGGCUGAGAUGAAUUCCGAUGACGGACAAGAACCCGAGUGGGCGCCUACUGCAGAUGCAGACUCUCCCGGUUCUAAUGGUGAGGUUGGUGAAGUUUCGGGUAGUAAAAAGUUGCAGCCCUCGAGGAAGAGAGUCAAAGAACGUAUGACAGGCGAGCCACCACCGUUGAUGGAAGGAGAAGGCCGAGAACUUCGAAUUCUCGGAUUCAAUCAUAGGCAGCGUUCUGUAUUUGUUAAUGUCCUGAUGAGGUUUGGCUUAGGAGAUUUCAGCUGGUCUGAGUUUAUUCCUCGUCUGAAGCCAAAAACACCUGAGGAGAUUAAGGAUUAUGGCACUCUAUUCUUGAGCCACAUUGCGGAGGAUAUCAACGACUCCCCUUUUUUCUCUGAUGGUAUACCCAAGGAAGGUCUUCGUAUCCAAGAUGUCUUGGUACGACUGGCGAUUUUGCACCUUAUUCGCGACAAGGUUAAAGCGCUGACAGAAGACCCAGCAAUGCCUCUUUUUUCUCAAGGUUCACAUAUGUAUCGUUAUUAUUCUCUUCGAAAUACGAAAGUCUGGAAAGAGGAGCACGAUCGCAAACUGUUGUACGCAAUAUGCUCACGGCAUGGCUAUGGGAGGUGGCUGUCGAUUGUGGAAGAUCCUCAGUUGGGGUUGGGCCCUGUCAUUCGCGGUGAGCUGCUUCUGCGAGGUGUUAAUGAUAGCGCUGGGCCUUCUAAAAACGGUGACGCUCGUCCGGGUGAAUCAGAGGACCCUUCAGGACGUGGUGAAGCGCCUGCUCCUGCUGAUGAGGAAGGACCUCCUGGAUUGCCAGUUGGGGCUGACAGAGAAGAGAGAGAGGCUUAUCUGCAGAAACGGAUGGUUGACUUCGUAAAGAGAAGAGUUUUGGUUUUGGAGAAGGUCUUGAAUGCAGAAUAUCAUUGCACGGGGGCUGACCAAGUUCAGGUUGAGGAGCCUCCUCCGCAAAUGAUGACGAAUGAACAAGCUAUGAGAGGUCACCAAGCACCACAGAUGAUGAUGAAUGAUCCUCAUAUGAGAAGUCAUCAGGUACCACAGACGAUAAUGAAUGAUCAUGGCAUGAGAGGCUAUCAAACGCCGCAGAUGAUGAUGAAUGAUCCAAUGAUGAGAGGCUACCAGUCGCCUCAAAUGAUGAACAACAAUAUGGGAAUGGGUGCCCAACAACAAUCGCAAUAUCAUCCAAUGCAACAGAUGCGGCCUCAUGUGCAAGAACGUGGUCCUCUUCCUCCUCGGCAUCCUGUGCAAAUUUCACCUGAAGAACUUGCUGCAAAUGCUUUUGACAAAGAAGAAGGUCGCUUGAAAGUUGCUCACAUCUAUAAUCAGAUAUGCGCAACAGUAAAUGAGAACGAAGGCGACGCCAUCCAAGCUUAUGGUGGGAACAAGUCAGCAGGGCUUCGAGUCCGAAAGGCAUUACGAGAGAUUGAGAUCCUUUGCGUAGACAUGCGAAAUGCUUUGUUUGAUCAGCCACUUCGAAAGUCGACUGGCCGUAAGAAAAAAGCAGAUGGUGCAGAGGGAGCUGAGCCUGCUGUAGAGGGAGCCAAAGAAGACGGAGUUGAUGGCCAGUCUGACGAUGGACUCGAAGACUUCAACGAAGAAUUCGAUAGAGAGAUAGACUCCGACAUUGAAUGCGAUGUAGAGACCAGGCGACCCUCAUCUCCUACUCCAACUAGUGAACCCGGCAACGAAGUUCAUGAGUACCAGUUUCUUAAGAAUGCAGAUGCAGAUGCGGGUGAGCGUUCAUGGCCACAGGGCUUGCAAACCCUGAAGCCUGGGAUGAGGGUCGACUUGGGCGGACCAAGACACUCUCCACUACAGAUGACGCCUCCUGCUCAUGCUGCUCCCACGCCUAGCGUUGCUCCUCAGUACGAAGAAGGCAAGUGGCCUCCUGCCGUUGUAUACUUGGACAGAGAUUGAGUUGAUUGCGUUUGUAGAUGAGAUUCCUCCAUUUAUUAUCCAGAGAGGGCGCUGGUGAAGGUUGAGGACAGAACCUUCUUGAAUUCGCGCCUGAAACUCCAGGUUUGCAACUUGUAAAUAACUCUGCUUGUCCUGUGGGUCAUGCUGGAUUCUUUAUUUCAUCAUUCGUGCAUUCUACAUUCAACUUUUUACUUUCCUCAGCGUGCGUCGUCUUUGACUUAGACUUGGACACGGAGACCGCGAAAUGAGCUCAGAUAGGAUGAGGGGUGUCCAUUGGAGUUAUCAACCAUUGUUACAUGAGGAGAAUAUUUUAUUGACCCAUCCGUUACAUGCUUACAUUAUUGAAGCACCUGAAAUUGCGGAUGAUUUUGAUUGAUAUGA